UUGCAAAUAUUUUAAUUUUUUUCUGGUUAAAACAUUCAUAGGCCUACCAGUGUUGUCCUGUUAUAUUUUUCCACAAUAUUCACCUUCAGGUUUUAAUUUAGGUUAACGUUUGACAUUUUUGUAUGUUAAUGCAAGUUAAAAUUGGAGAUCUAUGACAAAAUCUCGUGUGAUAGACAAAAUGUCACAAUUUGGAUCUGGUGGGGUAAAAAAUCCACCUUGGGCUAGGCAAGGCCAGCAAAACCAAUCGAUGUUGGGCCAAAACACCAAUAAUAGUAUGCAACAGCAGGGCGGGCAAAUGCAGCAAACACCAAUGGCGGGGCAGGCCUCUCUGCUCCAGUAUCCGCCACAACAGAUCUUCCAACAGAAUCAGAUGCAGCAGGUGAUAUCACUAAUCUUUAUUUUUAGACAUUGGUCAAUUUUGUUGAACAAUACUUCAAGGGUAGAAAUAACGUUUGCACCAAUAACGUUUAAACCUUAAACGUUUACUUGUAGAUAUGGUUGAAUUUAUCAUAACGUGUUUUAUACGGGAUUUAAACGGACAGCUUAUAUGAUUUAACUUAUUUAUAUGAUUUGUUAUUGUAUCCA